CUUUCGGACGCAUCCCGUACGACCCGAACCACUCUGUUGCGUGACUGUAAUGAUGCUCCCAGCUGCACUGGCCGUGUUGCUAACUCUAUUCAGCCUCAUUGAGACCAAAGAGAAAGACUUUUAUACUUUUAAAGUUGUGAACAUCAGGGGGAAGUUAGUAUCCCUGGAAAAAUAUCGGGGCUCGGUGUCCCUGGUGGUGAACGUAGCCAGUGAAUGUGGCUUCACUGAAGAGCACUACAAAGACCUGCAGCAGCUCCAGCGGGACUUUGGGCCGUAUCACUUCAAUGUGCUGGCCUUCCCCUGCAACCAGUUUGGGCAGCAAGAGCCGGGCAGUGACAAGGAGAUCGACAGCUUUGUUCGCAGAGUUUACGGCGUCUCUUUCCCCAUGUUCAGUAAAAUCGCUGUUGUUGGAACUGGAGCCAACAAUGUCUACAAGUACCUUGUUGAGUCUUCUGGAAAUGAGCCUGACUGGAAUUUCUGGAAGUAUCUCCUUGAUGUAAAUGGGAAAGUGGUGAAUGCAUGGGGACCAAAGGUUUCCGUCAAAGAAAUCAGACCCAAAAUAGCCGAAAUGGUGGGCCAGAUAAUCGUAAAGAAGAAAGAAGAGCUUUAACCUCUAAUUAAAACGACCCUUUGGCGUUCGGGUUAGAUUUGAAGAGAUACAUUUAACAGAUGUGUUUUGCUUGUACAAUCAGACUUGGUCAGACUAAACCAUUACCAAGUCCCAUACCAAAAGCAAGUUUUACCUGUUUACUAAAAUAACUGAUGAAACACCACUAUUCUUCUCAAUUUCAAUAUCAAGUUUUGUAUCAGAUGGAUGUAAUUUGAAGCUGCACCUUUGAACCAAAGGUAAUGUUAUCCUGUAUAUCGCAUGCAUUAUGUGAUUUAUGUGAUUAUGUUUCAUUCAGUCUGCUUUUGUUCAAUAAACCUAAACAAAGUA